UACCCCUUAUGGGUCGGUGUUUGGAUGCAUGGCAAACGAGUUUUUUUUGUUUUUUGUUUUUUCUUAAUUAAAUUUUCUAUUUGUAAAUGGUAUUCUGAUAUGUGGUGUUCAGUCUGUGUAUAAUCGUUGCAACAUAAUGGAAUAGUGAACUAUAUCUUCUGCUUGUGGCUUUUCUUGCAUCCAUCUGAAGGAUUUCAGAGUCGUGUGAAUGUUUGCUAGAAACAAACUAAGAGAAGGUAACUUAUGAAGCUCUUUCUAGGACUCAACUGAAAAGGAAGAUGAUGAAGGUGUGCUUGGUGAUUAUUAUAUAGUUGAAACUUGAAAGCACAUUAAAUGAUCUCAUAAUGGAGCCCCAGACACGUGAAAUAGAGGGUACCAAGGAUGAUGUCUCCAUCAAUCAGGCCAACAAAGACGAGUCCAGCUCUAGGAUGGAAGGUUUUAUCAAGGAUGAAUUUGAUUGUGUAUUAAAUGAGAAGGAACCACCUGAAGGGCUGGUUGAUGCUGGAGGAGGUUCAUUUGGAAAUGAAGAGAACCCUUUUCAUAUUGGGGAUGAACCUUUGACAGUCUUGAAACAAAAAGAGAAAAAACUUGUUGAUGAAGUAUCUGUAAGGACUUCAGAACUAGCGCAUCUUGAACGAGAGUUGGAGUUGAUGAAUGAAACAGCUGAAAUGGCAUUUAAUAACCAACAUUCGAUUGACUUCUACAUUGACCAGUUGAAUGAACAAGUACAAGCUAAAAGGAAUUACCUAUUGACUUUGGAAUCAGAGUGGGACACUGUAAGAAAACCCUUGGAGGAGAGAAAGAGAAGUCUCGAGGAGUCUCUUUAUUCAAACAAUCCAGAUGCACUAGAAAUGCUUCAAAAGUUGAGAGAAGCGCAGCAGGAAGAGCAGUUCAUUUUAUCUGAAAUUAUGAAGAGGGAGGAGGAACAUUUGAAACUUUCUGCAGAUAUUGAAAAGAAGCAGAAAGUAGCAUCCAGGAAAUCCUAUACUGACCGGAUAAAGGAGAUUACAAAAAAUAGUCGGAAACAAGACGCUGACAUUGAGCGGAUCUUAAAAGAUACAAGGGUGGUUCAACUGGAGAGUAAUUCAAUCCAGGAAAGCUUGCAUCGAACAUAUGCUGUCGCAGAUGAAAUUGUCUUUAGGGAAGCAAAGAAAGACCCAACAGGGCUGCAUGUUUAUAGGCUCCUGGUUAGCAUCCACAAAGGUUUUGAACAAAUAUCUGAGAAAAUUCUGGCAACUGAUAGAAUUAGAAGAGAAGUAGCUGAAUAUGAAACAAAACUGGCAGCCACGGCUUCCAGAAGCUUAGAUGUGAGCGAACUAAAAGCUAAUCUUGAUGCCAUUAUUAGAGAAAAAGAAUAGCCUGAAUAACAUUUGCAGUUAAGUUAAUUUCAGGAACUCAUUUGAAACUGGCAACCCCAACUUCCAGAAGCUUAGAUGUUAUCAAUCUAAGCUGAUCUUGAGAUUGGUAUUUGGGAAAAUGAAUACCUCGACAAACAGUUACAGGACAUGUGACAUUAUUUCAACAAGUCAUUGGGUACCACCAUUUCUAACAGUCAAUUACCAUUCUUCAUGUUUUUGUGUUGCAAAGUUCCAUAUAGGAACACAUUAUUUAUUUGUUUCUUAUUGUUUAAAUGAUUGAGGGGAGUAUUCAUACUUGUUUUGUCCAUCGUUU